UCAAUCAGUUACAGAGGUAUGCUAUUAUUUUCUCGUAUGACUUGAGCGUUGAAAGUAUUACAGGCACUGCUUUACAGUUUGUGCGUGUAUUUUUUAGCUUCGCUGUCUAAAGAGAAGGCAGCACAUUAUGUUCAGUACUUAGGAUUGAUUUUUGUCACUGCUUAUUUGGGCUCACUUUGGAUGUUGUUGGUAGGUGCCAUUGCACCAAUGCUGGAAGUAGCCACAACGAUGGGAGGUUCAUUUGUCGCUUUGAACCUUCUAUUUUCGGGCUCCACGAUUAUUCCAAGUGUAAUCAGCUGGUACUGGCGAUGGGUUCUAUACAUUACACCAACUCGUUGGGGAAAUGUCAUUUUUACAUCGACUCAAACCGACAACCGCUAUGAAUUACCUUGCACACUUUACCGCACGUAUCCAUUCUGUCUUCUUCAUCCAACACUUUCUCUUGGCCAAGCAUUUCUCAAGUAUUAUGAGCUACAAGCUGGUGGAAAAAGGCUUGUUCUCGCAUUCGGAGUCAUCGUUGCAUAUAUUCUGGUUCUCAUUUAUUUGGCAUAUCUUGCGUACAGCAAAGUCCGGAUACAAGAAACGGCAUCGGCUAUACCAAGGCAGAAACAGUAUGUUCGCGGCCCCAACAAUGUGGAACAAGCAGAGAACGGAGGUACACGAGCACCUGGGAGGUGGACUUGCAAGUUAUCUGUCAAGCCUGUAACGCUCUCCUUUCACCAGCUGAGGUUCACCAGGCGGGACGCGCGAUCUUCUUUUGAGCAAGUAGUAUUGGACAACGUCUCUGGCUAUGCCAAGCCAGGAACAAUGCUAGCAAUUGCUGGGGGCACACGGUCGGGCAAGGCAACGUUACUCAACUGCAUUGCAGGCAGGCUACCACCCGGCAAGCUCGAGGGUGACGUUUCUUUAAACGGUUUGAAACUGGACAGACUCGCCAUCUGCCGGAUAUCUGGAUUUGCUGAGAAGUUGGAAGCUCACCAACAGUAUCUUACUGUCAGAGAGUCCCUGGAGUUCAGUGCAAAUCUCAGGCUGGGAAAACAAAUCAGUGCGGACGACAAAGCUCGGCAUGUGACGGAGGUCCUGGAACUUUUGGGAUUGUCAGCUAUGAGCAAUCAACUUGUUGGCAACUUGAAGCUCGUCACUGCUCGAAUCCAGGAGACAAGAAGGAAACUUACUAUAGCUGUGGAACUCGCCGUCAACCCCGGCAUACUUUUCUUGGAGGAUCCCACGGCGCAGCUGGAUGGCACUAGCUCCAGAGAGAUUCUGAGACUGCUCCAGAGUGUUGCUUUAAGCGGGCGUACUAUCAUCAGCAUGCUGGAUCAUCCCAGUGGAGAGGCACUCAGCGUGUUCAACGAUGUGUUGGUACUAGCUAUUGGCGGUCACACAGCCUAUUUCGGCGCCGUUGGCUGGAACUGCAAGCAAGUGCUGCACUACUUCACGUCAGUGCCGAGUUCGCCACCUUACAACGAGCAGUGGAACCCUGUCACCUACAUCCUCGAAGCACUUGGCGGAGGCAUAAAGGAGCGAAAACCAUUGCACGACUUCUCUCAGCUGUACCAGUCCAGCCCUCUACAUCAGGCAAACGCGGAGGUACUCGAGAGGCUUCUCAAGCAGCAGCCAGAUCCCGAGCUCAAGAACAUCAGCUCUCGAUACGCAGCUUCGUUCAAGACGCAGGCAGCCAUGGUGUUCCUCCGGAACCAGCGUUUCUUAUGGAGGAACGUGACAUACACACUCCGCCGCCUCCUUGGGACCAUUCUCGUCGCUCUCGUCAUGGGAACACUCUACCUCAACAUCUCCGUGGAAAAGCUGCUGUUCAUGACGUCCGCCAGCCUCUUCCCGUAUAUCCAGCUGAUUAUGAUCUCCGGGCUCACGGCCAACAACGUUAUACCGCAGCUCGGAACGGACAGGCUCGUCUACUAUCGAGAGAACCGAGCAAGGAUGUACUCCCCGAUGCUGUAUCCGCUGUCCUGGGCCAUCGCCGAGGUUCCAUACUUGCUGCUCGGCACACUCGCCUUCGUCGGGAUUGGAAACGGCCUGGCCAACCUUGCCGUCGACUCCGUGUCCGCGUUCGUCCAGUACUGGAUCGGCCUGUUUCUCUUCACCCUGGCCGUGACUUACUUCGGCAUCUUCGUCACGCUGCUGUUUCCAAACUCGCUGCUGGCCAUGACGGUCUCGUCGAUAUCGACUUCGGUGUGGGUGGCGUCCUCGGGGGUCUCCAUUCCGCGCUACAACAUCCAGUUUUACAAGUGGCUCUACUGGAUCAACCCGUAUCAGUACGCCGUCAAUAUCCUCACCACGACUGCGUUCUACUGCGACACCGGAACUCCGGCGUGCAAUGCUUGCACGAUCGGCGCGAGUUGCCCUGGAUGCAAGUGCAAGAGGCUGGUCGACUUGGAGAAGAAGCUGGUGCAAAUCUAUGGGCCGGUCUUCAGCCAGUUCAUUCGAGCAAGCUUCGUGUGGGAGAGGCUGAGCAAGGCAAGAGUUCUUGAGAAGCACAGGAUUGGGAAGGACUUCCUGGCUCUGGCUUUCAUGGUGCUGCUCUUCGCGGUCCUGGCGAUCGUAUCCUUCGCUCGACUCAAGCACAACAGGAACUUUCGUGCGAAACUUCGGAGGAAAAAAUUAAGAUCGAUGGUGGCGGCUUGCUUGGAUAAUUGCGAGCGUCGUGGACUAACAUAUGGGAAGAAAUACUAUAAAAUUUCUAGAGAUAUGGGAGCUAUAUGGAGGUGUUUGAGUUUGACUAGGAUCUCUCUCCAGAGAGAUAGGGCUUUUACGAAUUUCAACGCAGUGACGUUUUUUGGAAAUCUGGGCCAGGUAGAGCUUCUUCCAGUGAUCUCUGCGCUUCUUUCUCCUUGA